AUCAGUCUGCCACCUGGAGGGAAAAUAUGAUAAUGUAAAUAUCUUCACAUGCAUUUGACAUACACGGAAGGUUUUUCCAUUCAAGUAGACACAGACCAAGGUAUCAAAUAGCACACUUCCUUGUUAACUACAACCGAACUUAGAAUGCAGACGAGGUGAAAUUCUAGAGGCGAACUUGGUUCGUGUCAUACUUCCUGUAUUACAUCUGAACUCAGAGUAAGGAGGAGUGGAGUCCUUGUUGUUUUACACAUGAGCUUCGAGUAAAUCCGAGGUGUGGUCUAGGGGAGAUCUGGUGACGGAAAGCAGACUGCCAACAUGUCAUGGUCAGAAAUCCUCACACUUCCGUUUACGGCCGGAAAUCAAUAUACAUCAACGAAUGGACGAACACACCAUGACGGUUCUAUUUCUACUGUUGUGGUCGUCACUUCCGUUUUGGCAUUCAUAACAGUCUUGAUGUCUCUGCAGGAAAACACUCCAUCCGGUCACGUGAUACUUGAUCCAAUGGUCAUGAGGUUAUCUCUCACGGUCAUUGUUGUUGCUGGUAUAUGCUCGACUAUAUACCUCGCAAAACUUGCUAAGAGACAAUCCCCAAUCACUGCAUGCCGAAAACCGUCAGCUUGUUUCCGUCUACUUCAAAUAGGAUGUCUUUGGCUGUUCGGCCUAGGAGUAGUGAUGAUAUGCCUAUUCGAAACCACCCGCCUUAUCUUUUGCGAUUCGGAAAUAACCCGAGUACUUCCGAGUCAGGAGUUAGGUGUAAACAUUGUAUAUCACGUCACUAGGAUAGUUUUAGUCGUCAUUGAAGUAUGUUUCAUAACCUGCUUUACCUUUGUGAAGUUUGAUCAUUGCCUCUCCACAUACUAUGCCUUGUUGUUCAUCGUACUGGCCAACACCUCGGUCUGGAUAUAUUACUACCUGGCGUUGGAGGAUGUGUCAUCAUUCAGACUACUCCACAAUUACAAUGCUACUGCCCCUCCGGGAAAUAGUACCAACAAGACAUGUUAUCAAAACUCUACCAUCGGACUCCUUACAGGUCAAGUCAACAAGAUUCUAUAUCCAGUUAACACAGAGUUUUCUUUACUUGUCUUGAAGUUUGUUUUGGAAAUGUGGAGUUUGGAGCGAACGGAAGCAUCAAAUGUCAAUCAUAUAACUAGUGUGAUGGGGAUUACAGAGACCGGCUCAACAGACCAACCGACGUCAGGGGAAGAGCAGGAACAUUUGAACGAGAGAUCAAGUUUGCUGAACACAAAUUGGGAAUACAGAAUCCAUAACAGCCAGGAGUAUACAUCUCUCGACAACGCUUGUCCCAUUUCUUUCUACGUCGCAAUAGCUGUCGCAAUUUCCUGGGUUCUACCUCUAGCAAUUAUGUAUAUAAUGCUUGAGUAUCGCUUCCCUGAUAGCCAUGAAUUCUACAGGAUCAUAGCGGCAUAUGAGGUGGCGUACAGAGUAGUAAUGACCGCUGCUGUCACCUGUACCUGGGUUUACCUCCAGAAGGAUGGCAGGCCCGUCACAGACCACAUAAGUCUGAAGAGUAAGGAUUAUAUUCUGCUGCUCGGUACAUUCGGGGCGGCUAUUUACUUCAUCCACGUCUUAAUCGCGGGUUCAUUGACAAAAAACAACAAUGGAAAAACAGAUAUCAUAUCAAAUGUUAUAAGCAUGGUUUUUCUUUAUUUACAAACCACUCUCUUGUUGCAGACUAGAAAGUUCGUUCCUAAACGGAAGAACAUUCGGAACUUUCCAAGUUUUAGGUCGCUGUGCACUGUUCUUUCCAUUCUGAACUUCGGGUAUUGGAUUACUGACAGUUUUGUCGGCAUGAAAUUUCCUGCUGCCUCUUCGCCCAAAGUCGAGGCGUUUGGUAGUAAAUAUUGGACGCUUGUCAUGCAGUAUGCCUUCCCACUGGUGAUUUUCUACAGAUUAGAGUCUGGGUUUGCUUUUUUAAGACUCUACGGGGACUUUUUUGGUGACGAUCUUAUCCAAUAAAGUAUUGUGUGUCCGCCCACGAUGAUGUAUUAUAUUUCCCCCUAAAUAACGUACUGUUUUCGUCCCUCCAAGUAACUCCCUGUGUUCUUCACUCACGACAUUGCGGCGUGUUAGUCUAUCCCUGUAACGCACUGUUUAUGUCGAAUAUUAUCGAAUCAUUGGCUCAGUAUGUGUUAACAAUCAACAUAAUAAACAACAUGAAAAUCCG